CCCACAAGUGUAGACUUUAAUUUUGAUAUGUCAUUGUAGAACUAGGAUCCGUUAUUGUAUCCCGUUUGCAUAUUAUUUUAUUUCUUUUUCUUUUCCGUCUGCCGAUACCUAAGCACGUUGUAACGUAAUACGCGGUAAGCCAUAUAAUAUCCAAGUUUGUAUUUAAGAUCUUAUAAUUUGUAUUGUAUUAUUCUCGUAUGUAUAUUUUGUAAAUAAAGAUUAAGCUACGGCUACCCCCUCAACCAUAACAUUGGCGACGAAGAAAAACAACUCUUUUCGAGCUCAGAGCAAUAUCAAAAAUGGCGACAUUAGAGCAGGUGGUUGCGACUCUUCUAUCAAGACAGCAAGAAACCGCGGAGCAACAAAAACUGCUCUUGGAACGUUUAAUUGCUGUGACAGCAAAUUAUACCAAUGGACAAAAUGAGCGGGGCUCACCAACAAACAGUACAUUGGGCGGAUCAGAAGCUCUAAUGGAGACUCUUGCGAAGAGCAUACGUGAAUUCGCUUAUGACCCUGAGGAAGGUCAAACUUUUGCCAAAUGGUACGUGCGGUAUGAGGAUAAUUUUAAUGUGGAAGCUGCGUCACUGGAUGAUGCCGCAAAAGUGCGCUUGCUCCUAAGGAAGCCGCGUGAUAUCAAGUUCGAGGACACUAUUGCAACGCUAAAAAAACUUUUUGGGAAAAAGGAGUCACAGUUCAGUAUUAGGGUAAAAUGCAUACAGAAUGUGCGUAUGAAUGACGAAGAAGUUAUAACAUAUGCAGCCCGAGUCAAUAGGUUAUGUGAAAAUUUUAAUCUUCGGGAUUGUACGGGUAAUAAUUUUAAAUGUCUAAUGUUCGUUCACGGCAUGCAAUCGGCAUCUGACGAAGAUCUGCGCGCGAGACUUCUAUCUAUGCUGGACUCGGAAACUAGUGAAAGACCUUUAACAAUCGAUAAUUUAGUAGCAGAAAUACAGCGUAUUAAGAACUUAAAAAAUGAUGCACUCGUAUGUGCUAACCCAACGAAAGUUCAAGCGGUUUCAGAACACAAGCAAGCGAAAGUCGAUACUAAGGCAUUGCCAAGCAGACCUUGCUGGCAAUGUGGUCGUAUGCAUUUUGUUCGUGAGUGUAGCUUUACCAGCCAUAAAUGCACGCAAUGUGGUAAAGUGGGUCACAAAGAAGGUUAUUGUUCAUGCUUUUCGGAACGGAAACCGGCGAUGGCGAAACGUAACGAGACAAAGAAAAAGAGUAGGAAGCGGAAAUUUAUUAGAAGCGUAUUUACAGCGUGUGAAAAUGGUUCUCACAACCGUCGUUUUGUGACCAUAGAGAUUAAUGGCGUGGGUCUCCAACUCCAACACGAUACUGGUUCGGACGUAACCAUUAUUUCCACGCAGAAUUGGAAAAGAAUCGGCAGUCCUUCAUUGCGCUCAUGUCAGAAAUCAUUUCGUGAUGCUUCGGCAAAUCAAAUUUCGAUUGCUGGAGAAUUUGAGGCAGACAUUGUAAUGAAAGGAAAGAAAAAGCAAGCAACAAUCACUGUGUCACCUAACCUUAAUUUAUUAGGCACAGACAUUAUCUCGCUUUUUGAGUUAUGGGACACUCGCAUAACAGAAUACACGUCAUGCAGGAACGUUCAAACCAGCAGUAAAUUAACACAACCAAAUUUGCUUGCGAUGUUUCCGAGUAUAUUUAGAGACGAAAUUGGUCACUUCACGGCACAAAAAGUUCACCUACAACUUAAACCACAAGCAGUUCCUGUGUUCCGUCCCAAAAGAUCGAUUGCGUACGCAGCUCGCGACCAAGUUGAAAGAGAACUGAAAAGAUUAGAAGAUGAGGGUAUUAUAUCUCCAAUCAACUUUUCAAAAUGGUCAGCACCAAUCGUAGUGGUAAAAAAAGCAUCAGGCGAUGUGCGCAUAUGUGGAGAUUAUUCCACAGGUCUCAACGAUCAGCUUGAACCUCACACUUUUCCACUACCACUUCCAGACGAAAUAUUUGUUAAUUUCAACGGCUGCUCAUAUUUUUCUAUAGUGGAUGCGUACAUGCAGAUAGAAGUUGAUGAAGAUACCAAGAAACUUUUAGUGAUCAACACGCAUCGAGGGUUAUACACAUUCAAUCGUUUAGCACCAGGAGUUAAAUCUGCACCCGGGGCAUUUCAACAAGUUAUGGAAUCACUUCUGUCGGGAAUUCGUGGAGUGUUCCCGUACUUAGACGAUGUUGUUAUAGCCACUAAAAGUAAAGAGCAAAACAUUAACGCAGUGAUUCAGAUAUUCGAACGUUUUAAGUUACACAACAUCACUGUCAACUUCAACAAGUGCAAGUUUUUUCAGAAGUCCUGUACUUAUCUGGGUUAUCACAUCGAUAAAAAUGGAAUUAGCCCAGAUAAGAGCAAAAUUAACAAAAUUUUGGAACUACCGCCUCCGAAAGAUGUAAGCGAGCUUCGAACAUUUUUAGGUGCUAUAAACUACUACGGUAAGUUUAUUAGAGAAAUGCGCGCUCUGAGGAAUCCUUUGGAUGUUUUAUUGAAAACGGAUUCGAAGUGGGUUUGGUCAUCGCAAUGUCAGCAACAUUUCAACAAAUUCAAAGAACUUCUUUCUUCGGAUCUGUUGUUAACACAUUACGACCCAAGAUUGCCAAUCAAAGUAGCUGCUGAUGGUUCUAACGUGGGUCUAGGCGCAUAUAUUUGUCACAUUUAUCCUGAUGGUAAGGAUAACGCAAUUGCGCAUGCUUCAAGAUCGCUUACUCAAGCUGAGAAAAAUUACUCGCAGAUUGAGAAGGAAGGUUUAGCGUUAGUAUUUGCAGUGGUAAAGUUCCAUAAGUAUUUGUACGGUAGGAAGUUUUACUUGCAUACCGACCAUAAACCAUUGCUGGCAAUUUUCGGUAAUAAGAAGGGGAUUCCUGCACACUCUGCAAACCGCCUUCAGCGAUGGGCUUUAACCUUGAUGUCUUACGAUUUUAUGUUAGAGUAUAUACCUACGAGGGAAUUCGGGGCUGCAGAUAUACUAUCGCGUCUCACCAGAAACACAACAAGGCCUAACGAAGAUACGAUCAUCGCUUGCUGUCAACUAGAGCGUGAAGUGAAACAAAGUGCAGUCGAAGCCUUAGAGAAUUUACCAGUAACGUUCCAGAUGAUCCAAAAUGCAACGUUGAAGGACAAAGUUUUACAAGAAGUCAUCUCAUACUUGAAGAAUGGUAAGUGGCCGAAUACGAUAACCGACGAUUUACGCAGCUAUUAUAUACAUAGAGACGCUUUGGGUAUAGUCGAAAAUUGCAUUAUGCUCAAAGAUCGAUUGGUUAUACCUUACUGUUUCCACAAACGUAUCUUACAACAAUUGCAUAAAGGUCAUCAAGGAAUCGAGCGAACAAAAUCACUAUCUCGGAGUUACGUAUACUGGCCGGGACUGGAUGAAGAGAUUAAGCGAUUUGUUCAAGGAUGUGGGAAAUGCGCUGCUGUUGCAAAGACGUUGCCGAAAACGACUCUUUCUUUAUGGCCUAUAGCAGAACAUCCAAUGCAACGCGUUCAUAUCGACAUUGCUGGUCCGGUAAAUGGCAUUUACUACUUUUUAAUCAUCGACGCAUAUUCAAAGUGGCCGCAAAUAUACCAAGUUAAUUCAAUAACUUCUGCAAGCAUUUUAAAUUGUAUUGCUGAUUUCACGUCACAAUUUGGGAACCCAGAGCUAAUAGUUAGCGAUAAUGGAACCCAAUUUUCGAGUAAAACUUUCUCAGAUUUCUGCAAAAGCCAAGGUAUUAUUCAUAAAUUCACUGCUCCGUAUCACCCACAGUCGAACGGGCAAGCAGAACGUUUCGUAGAUACUUUGAAAAGAGCUUUGAAGAAAUUAGAGGGCGCAGGAACGACGAAACAAAUCUUGCAAACAUUUUUAAAAACCAAUCGAGUUACGCCAAAUCGAAGUGCACAAGGCAAAUCGCCAGCUGAUUUGUUCGUGGGGAGAAGGCUAAGGACGGAGUUGGACCUCCUUAAGAUUUCUAAGCCACAUAGCAAUCAACGUAACGAGCGUAUGGAACAACAAUUUAAUAGACAAAAUCAUGCCCAGGAACGAAGUUAUAAAAUCGGUGAUCCUGUAUACGCGAAACUGUAUAAGCUGAAUGAAUCCUUUUGGGCACCUGGAAUAAUAACAAAGAUUCUUGGCAAAGUAAAUUGCGAAGUAAGAAUUGAAAACUCCAACAUUUUUAAGGCAGUGAAAUCACACGCGAACCAACUACGUUCAAGAUUCGUCGAAGCUCCACAGAAGGCGUUGGAUAUUUUAUUCGAUUAUUUCGAUCUGUCACCGUCAUCAGUCUCUGACGCUAGCAACUCACGCGCUUGUAUUGCAGAGCCAGAUCUCGCUACUUCACAGGAAUCGGCUUCAAGUGAUACGAGUCAGCAGACUACACCAUGCACGAAUAUGGCAGAUCCUCCGAACCAAUUGCUACCAGAGGCUAGUACCGAUGCUCCGAAUGACAACCGCGAACCGGUAACAGAGCAAACCGAGGUUCAUCCAGAGCUAAGACGUUCAUCUAGGCGUAAAAGACCUCCUGCAUGGAUUCCAGAUUACCAUCUUUUUAAAAGAAGGAAGGAUGUUGGCAACCCACAAGUGUAGACUUUAAUUUUGAUAUGUCAUUGUAGAACUAGGAUCCGUUAUUGUAUCCCGUCUGCAUAUUAUUUUAUUUCUUUUUCUUUUCCGUCUGCCGAUACCUAAGCACGUUGUAACGUAAUACGCGGUAAGCCAUAUAAUAUCCAAGUUUGUAUUUAAGAUCUUAUAAUUUGUAUUGUAUUAUUCUCGUAUGUAUAUUUUGUAAAUAAAGAGGGCUACCCCCUCAGGGCUACCCCCUCAACCAUAACAUCACGCCUUCUUAGUACCCCGUUAUAAUCGCAUUUAGGAAAAAAGUUGUGCGACUUUGACAUUAGCCGUUUGUUUACAUUUGUUCGUUGUUUAC